GCCUCCACUUCGAGCCCUCGAACCCUUGUUAUCGGGUUUCGUUUCUCUUCUUCACAAAAAAGAAGAGCAGCAGAGGCCUUCAAUCGAAACACUCCAAAAAGAAAUAGGGGAGACCCCAAGAGCUGCUUCAAAACCAAAACCCUAGAGGCUUGCUCUCUCUCUCUCUCUCUCUCUCUGGGUUACCACUCUUCCUCCCCCUAAAUCUACAGCGUCGAAGCCGUCAAAGAAUCAUGGUGUCGGACGCAAGCAAGAAGAAGGCAGCGGCAAAGAAGGCUGCGGCGGCUGCGAAGAGGGGAGGAAAAGCUGCGGCGGCUGCAUCCUCGAAAGCGGCUGCAACCGAAGUGCAGAAUGGAGGCAGCGUCGAGAAGCUAAGCAAUGGGGUCGGUUCUUUGCAGAUGUCGGAUCGGACAUGUACUGGAGUUCUGGCUUCUCAUCCACUUUCGCGAGAUAUCCAUAUAGAGUCCUUAUCAGUUACUUUCCACGGUCAUGAUCUCAUAGUGGAUUCUGAACUGGAGCUCAACUAUGGAAGGCGCUAUGGCUUGCUUGGAUUGAAUGGAUGUGGGAAAUCUACUCUCCUUGCAGCAAUAGGGUGCAGGGAGCUUCCUAUUCCAGACCACAUGGAUAUUUAUCACCUCACCAGGGAAAUUGAAGCUUCUGACAUGUCUUCCCUUCAGGCUGUAAUAAGCUGUGAUGAGGAAAGGCUGAGAUUGGAGAAAGAAGCUGAAACCCUUGCAGCAGAGGAUGGUGGUGGAGGAGAUACUCUGGAACGCAUUUAUGAGCGUUUGGAAGCAUUAGAUGCAUCAACUGCAGAGAAACGUGCUGCAGAGAUCUUAUAUGGUCUUGGUUUUAACAAGAAGAUGCAAGAAAAGAAAACUCGGGAUUUCUCUGGUGGUUGGAGAAUGAGGAUUGCAUUAGCACGAGCCUUGUUCAUGAACCCAACCAUUUUGUUGCUUGAUGAACCUACAAACCAUCUUGAUCUAGAAGCCUGUGUCUGGUUGGAGGAGACACUGAAGAAAUUUGACCGUAUCCUAGUUGUGGUGUCACACUCCCAGGAUUUCUUGAACGGUGUCUGCACAAACAUUAUCCACAUGCAGAACAAGAAGCUGAAGCUCUAUACUGGUAACUACGACCAAUACGUUCAAACACGUGCAGAACUUGAAGAGAACCAGAUGAAACAAUACAAGUGGGAGCAGGAACAGAUUGCAUCAAUGAAAGAGUACAUUGCACGGUUUGGACAUGGUUCUGCAAAGCUGGCACGUCAAGCACAGAGCAAAGAGAAGACACUGGCAAAGAUGGAGAGGGGCGGUCUGACAGAGAAGGUGGUGAGGGACAAGGUGUUGGUUUUCCGUUUUACCGAUGUUGGAAAGCUUCCACCACCAGUACUUCAGUUUGUGGAGGUCACRUUUGGAUACACACCUGAUAAUCUUAUUUACAAGAACCUUGACUUUGGGGUGGACCUAGACUCGAGGAUAGCAUUGGUGGGGCCCAAUGGAGCAGGGAAGAGCACACUGCUGAAGCUGAUGACAGGGGAUCUAGUUCCUCUUGAUGGAAUGGUCCGGCGCCACAACCACCUUAGAAUUGCACAGUUCCAUCAGCACUUGGCUGAGAAACUUGAUCUGGAGAUGUCUGCACUCCAGUUCAUGAUAAAGGAAUAUCCUGGAAAUGAGGAAGAGAGAAUGAGAGCAGCAAUUGGGAAGUUUGGGCUGACAGGCAAAGCACAGGUAAUGCCAAUGAAGAACCUGUCCGAUGGACAAAGGAGCCGGGUGAUAUUUGCGUGGUUGGCAUGGAGACAACCACACAUGCUAUUGCUGGAUGAGCCUACCAACCAUCUGGACAUUGAGACAAUUGACUCCCUGGCGGAGGCCUUGAAUGAGUGGGAUGGAGGAUUGGUACUGGUGAGCCAUGACUUCAGGCUCAUCAACCAGGUAGCUGAAGAGAUAUGGGUUUGUGAGAACCAGACUGUGACCCGGUGGGAAGGUGACAUUAUGGAUUUCAAGCAGCAUCUGAGAAGCAAGGCUGGUUUGUCUGAUUGAGGUGUGACGCAGGUAGGGACCGAGUCACUGAGGAUCUAUUUUAUUCAUAUAGUUUCUACGACUUUUUUAUCAUUACAUGCUCCUUUUUUUUUGUCGAAGUGGGGAUGAUGACGACGAUAUCAAGAGGGCGGAGCAAUAAGUUGAGGCCGGAGAUGGGGCGGGUAUUAUUACAGAGCCUAACCCUGGAGGUCCAAUUUUCUCUGCUAGAUUAGUAGAAGAUUGAUGAUGUCUUUUUAUAUAUUUGUUUGGUUAAUUAAUUAGAUAGAUGGAGAUGGCUGGAGGAGAGUUGUAUAACACUACCUUUCAAAAGAUACUAUUUGAGUGGACCUUGUUUUACCA